GGCAUGAAUAACCUUAAGAAAGAUUUUUGACAUAUGUGACAUGAGACUGAUGGUGCGGUAGUCACCACAAGAUUUGGGGUUGGUUUUCUUCGGUAUGUGAUAAAUGUUGAAACCAGCCAGUCACAUGGAAUCUUGCCACUCUCCUCUCAUAUAUUUGAUUAAAUAGUGACGUCAAGGUGGUAAUACAUUGCUGAUCUAUAAAUCUUGAGCACUUCUGCUGAUUUAUGGUUGGGACCAGGAGAUUUUCUGUUUUUAGUAAUUUCAAUGGCAUGUCGUUAACGCUGAUCAUUCUUGAAAAGUUCAGGUAUGUAUUUCUGCCACGUUUUUAUUUUUUCGUUCACUUCAUAGACAAUCUUGCCCCGUUCAUCCAUAAUGACUUGUGUUGUUCUUUUUUUAUGUCUGCCUGUGACUUCUUUGUUUUUUUUUUUUUUGUACAUAUUGAACGCGUCAUGCAUACGAUCAAGUUUUUCAAUGUCUUCUCACUCAUUCAUCUUUCCUUAGCUUCUCUAAUUUUUUGUUUAUUGGCACUAUGAAUUUGUCGUUUUUACUUUCCGUCUACCAUUAAUCAACUGAUUUCGUUGGCCAUCCACUGCUUCUUCUUUUGUUGAUUUUUAGCAGUAGUCAGUCAGUCAGACUUUCCAGAGUUUGAAGAAUGUCUACAGAAAGAACAGUCAAAAAACCUACCUAGUCGUUUAGUCAAAUUCAAAACUUAUGAAGAACUCGGAAUAUUUUUUUAAAUUUAUUUUAAUAAUUGAUCAAUCUCUACAAAUAAUUUAUUUGUAACGCCCUUUGGUAACUAAGAUAUUAUUAUUUGGGCGUAUUCAAAAGUGCAUUUUUAAUAACAUAAUUUGAGAAAUUAUAUAAUUUCUACAUGGAAAUUAUGUUGGACUGGGCGAAUGCAAUUAUGUAGUAAUAAAUAAUUUAUUUUUUAUAAUGUAUGCAGAGAAUAAUAUUUUGUCCUAAUAAGCAUUUCUGUUUGCACUAGUAACAAUGUCAUUUUGGGUAAGUAACUUUAUUAAUGGAAAAAAUUAUUAUUUUAACAAUAAUAAUUGUUUCAGGUAUUACCAUUGGAAAACGAUUUUCUAGGCCUCUGCCUGCCUUUGGCCUUUUGGUUCGCAAUGUUGCCCAACAUUUCGGAAAAUAAAAGUCGCCAUUAUAAGAUAACUCAUAACGUUCACACUUUUUUUAUUUACUUAGUGGCCCUCUGUUGUGUUUUGGCCGAAGUGAUCAAGCUCUAUCAAAUUGUAACCGACGAUUAUUUCAUUUACGAUGAAUUGAUUAGGAAUUUAGUAAUGACCACUUUCCAUAUUACGACGAUGUUAAAGUGUGUUUUUUUGAGAAGUAGAACCAGUGCAAAGCUUUUUAAAGCGAUUAUAAACUAUGAAAAAAUGGUAUACGAUAGUGCAAACGAUAAAAUCAUUUCUAUUUAUCGAGAACUUUUGACCAACAUGCAGAAGACCAGGAAUUAUUAUUUUAUGGUCUUUCUAACUAACGUUGUAUUCUACAUUGCCGCGCCCAAAUUUAGAGAUCCCUAUUAUAUUACAAGAAAUAAUGUAACUGCUAUUGUCCAACAAAUGCCGAUAUCUUCAUGGACACCGAUCGAAAACAACUAUUGGUUUUCUUUUAUUUGGACUUCAGGAGUUGGGUUCUACUUGGUAAUAUUUUUCCUGACGACGGAUUUAACAAUAAACAGUUUUAUCAUGUUUGGUGUGUGCCAAAUAAAAAUCCUUAAACAUUUCAUUUCCGAUUUUCAUUAUUAUGCCAACGAUAUAAAACAAAAACGUAGUUGUACUAAAGAAGAAUCAUUUAGGAUGUUGCAAAAAGAAUUGAUUAUAAUGCACCAAGAAAUUCUAAGCUCUAUUAGGGAUCUCAAUAAGACCCUAAAAAAAGUAAUGCUGAUAGAUUUCGUACCAAGCUCAUUACAACUAGCUGGAGUAUUAUUUCAAACGAUGGCAAACCUGAGCGUUAUCCAAUGUAUACUAGUGGGUCAGUUCAUCGUUACUCUCUGCGCUAGAAUUUUCAUUUACUGCAACAAUGCUCAAAAUUUGGCGGUUCAAAGUGAAAGCGUCGCAUCUACUUGGUAUGAUAUCGACUGGACCGAGUUACCUCAUGAUGUAAGAAAAAAUAUCGUUUUCUGUAUGAGCGUAGCUCAAAAACCGCUAUAUAUAACUGUCGGAGAUAUGGGGAAUAUAACUUUAGAAACUUUUUUGUCGAUUAUAAAAGGAGCCUACUCCUAUAUGAUGCUAUUGAACACAAUUUAAGAUUCACGUUCACUGAAAAUCUUUAACUCACUCGAUUUAUAAAGCAAAAUAAAACUACUCUUAACAUUAUUUGAGCACCUUGGUAGAAUUUACUCUUAUGUACUUAUUACGACACCUAAACAAAUUAUAUUAUAUGUUUUUCUAAGUAAAUAAAUUACCUACGUUUAUCAAUACACUUAUAAGGGUUGAAGUCAG